AAGAAAAAGAUAUAACAAAACAUGCUAAAGAUAGAAAACCAGAAAGAAAAAUGUAACAGAUUUUAGAUCCCAUAAUAUACAUAUGGAUUUUCCCGGGAAAAGAAAAAAGAAGAAAAGAAGAGACAUUUGUUAGUAAGUUGGUUAAAGAUUUCAUGCGCGUUUUUUGGAGCACAAAAAUCCGACGGAGUGGCUUGCAUUUAGCUUCCCAUCUCUAUAUUUUCUCAACAGAAUAACAACAGCCUGUCAAUAUCUAAUGCAAGAAAGGCAUAUAAGUCUUUAUUAAGGAGCAAUAUUUUUUGGGUGCAUAUUAUUUUUGCCAUCUUGAGAUUGAUAGACCUUUCGGAAUUUAAUCAUGGCCAUGGCCGACACACAGUCUGGGCCGCUUGAUAGACAUAUCAAAGCAGGUCCAGAGAAAUCUGACACUGAUAACGUUGAGGAUGAGAGGAAGACUAGGCUUGCAGCUUUGAAGAAGAAGGCAAUUAAUGCCUCCAACAAGUUCAGGAACUCCUUGACAAAGAAGGGCCGCAGACACAGCAGAGUGAUGUCUGUUGCAAUUGAGGACGAUAUUAAUGCUGAGGAAUUGCAGGCAGUGGAUGCAUUUCGCCAAGUACUUAUCCUUGAUGAGCUUCUGCCCUCUAAACAUGAUGAUCACCAUUUGAUGCUCAGGUUUUUGAAGGCCAGGAAAUUUGAUGCUGAGAAAGCAAAGCAAAUGUGGUCUGAUAUGCUCCAGUGGAGGAAGGAAUUUGGCACUGACACAAUCAUAGAGGACUUUGAGUUCCAGGAAUUGGAUGAAGUCGUGAAAUACUAUCCACAGGGAUACCAUGGUAUUGAUAAGGAGGGGCGACCUGUAUACAUUGAGAAACUUGGUGAUGUUGAUGCUAACAAGCUGCUGCAAGUCACAACAUUAGAGCGAUAUGUGAAGUACCAUGUUAGGGAGUUUGAGAAAACCUUUGCUUAUAAGUUCCCAGCCUGUUCAGUUGCAGCAAAGAAGCACAUUGACCAGAGCACCACCAUUUUGGAUGUGCAAGGAGUGGGUCUUAAACAAUUCACUAAAACAGCAAGGGAACUCAUUAGUCGUAUUCAAAAGAUUGACGGUGACAAUUACCCCGAGACCCUGAACCGCAUGUUCAUCAUCAAUGGUGGGGCAGGAUUCAGGCUGUUAUGGAACACCGUUAAGCAGUUCCUUGAUCCCAAGACUGCUGCCAAAAUCCAUGUCCUCGGUAGCAAAUACCAGAGCAAGUUGCUUGAAGUAAUUGAUGCUAGUGAGCUGCCAGAGUUUCUGGGUGGUACUUGUAAUUGUGCUGAUAAGGGCGGCUGUAUGCGCUCUGAUAAGGGUCCAUGGCAUGAUCCAGAAAUAAUGAAGGUGGUGCAAAAUGGGGGAGCCACAUGCCGUAGGAGAACUCUGUCAGGAAUUGAGGAGAAGAAAAUUUCUGAAGAUGAGAAGAGAUGUGAUUCUUUCACAGUAGAAGCAACUGUGCAUGUUGAGCAUCCAAAACUCUCUCCAUUCACUGAAGAAUUUCCUAUUGGCAACCAGACCAAUAUCGUCAACAACUUUGACAAACUCAUUCCAAUGGUUGACAAGUCUGUCGAUUCUGCUUGGCACACUCCAAUGGACAAUAAUGGAUUCGACGUCUCCAGAGAUCAGUUCCCACUGCAUGGUGGUUGUAGGGCUGAUUCAAUUAACAAUCCAAUCAUAAGUGGGGUUAUGGCCUUGGUGAUGGGGAUUGUGACCAUGGUUCGCAUGACACGCAACAUGCCACGAAGACUUACUGAAGCUGCUAUCUAUGGUAAUCAGGUUUACUAUGAUGAUGCAAUGGUGAAAGGCCGCGCACUGCCACCAGCUUCCAUCCCCACUGCUGACUACAAGAACAUGAUGAUUCGCAUGGCUGCUAUGGAAGAGAAGCUGAAUGUUCUCGCCACAAAACCUCAAGUCAUGCCACCUGAAAAGGAGGAAUUGCUGAAUGCUGCCAUAAGGCGCGCUGAUGUCCUGGAGCAAGAGCUGGCUGCAACCAAGAAGGCACUGGAUGAUGCAGUUGCUAAACAUCAGGAACUCAUGGAGUACGUUGAAAAGAAGAAGAAGAAGAAGAAGUUUUUCGGAUUUUAACUGGGAAAUCCAUAACCACAGUGCUGCUGCUUUUUCUGCAAUUCUCCACAUAUAGCAUGAUAAAAUUUACUGAUAUUGGUGGCGAUAGAAGUCUUUCUGCCCUGUAAUUAUUAUUAUUAUUAUUAUUAUUAUUCUGAGUGUUUUCUGCUUUGUAUAAUACAUUUUUCUGGGGUUUCUUGUUCAUAAUUGUGCAAGCUGGAGUGAUUAUUAUGGACUUCCCUGUAAUCGAUCGAGUUGUUUCUGUAACCAAAAUCAAAGAUAAAUGGUUAGUCAAAGUUCUAGCGACUUGUCACUGAA